AAUUGAUCGGCAUAGACCCUUUCAACCAUGGGCCUGGUAGCCCUAUGCAAAAACGCUGUCUAUAUCAUCCUAUAAAGAGACCUGCAAAGUCGCCUUCUCUAUGCGAAUAUCAUCCAGCACAGCAAACACAUCCAAUCCAUCCAAUUCUCUUGAUUUCUUCAUCUCUAUACAAACAAUCGACCAAGUCGUCUCCACUCGAGCAAAAUGAAUUUCAAAUCCUUUAUGCAGCGCUCCGGGCCGAUGAUCCCCUUCGGCAUGACCUUCGGCACGUUAAUGAUGCUACUCAUUGUCGGCCUGAACGGCGUCCCAGGCAACUUUAUGGGCCCUAUCGUCACAAUCAAAACACAAGACCUGUCCAUCUCGCCGUCCUCGCUAUCUCAACUGACUGGCAUCAACCUGACGGAUGCUGGGACAUCCAACCUCACGGCCUCUUCGUUCGACCUUGCGGACAAAUACAUCUUCUACCUAUGGGGAUACGCCACCACGGAAGACGGAAAGACGACCUUCCACAAACGCAGCUUCAACUACAUGAAGAACAUCGAUGUCUCGACCGUCACUAUUGAGGGCGAGGACUAUGCCACCCCGCAUAAACUGACGGAUCUCAAGAAAUCCGCCCAGACCAAAGUGAUGGUCUCCGAGGGCGCCUUCCUCGCCGCACUGAGCAACGCUUUCUUCGUGGUCGCCGCGGGAGUCGCCGGCGCUAUGGGCCGUCCAGUCCGCCUCCUCAUCGUCAUCUUCUUCACCGGUGUCACGCUGUUGACGGUCGUCAUCCUUGCCGCGAUGGUCUCGGCCCUCGACUUCGGAACGAAAAGCAGUCUCUCCUCCUGGAAGCAUUACGGAGUGGACGUCACCAUGGGCACCUCCGAUCUGGGCAUUGUCUGGCUGGCGGCUAUCCAUGUCCUCGUGGUCGGUGUGAUGUGGGUUCUGAUGGCUGUCGGGGUAAUGCAGAUGAACCCUCUGCUUAAAAAGGACGUGGAGAGGAAACAUGACCACGAAGCGCUGGCCCAGCUCAGCACGGCCAACCUGGUUGAAUAGAUGGGGAAGGGGGUGGUGAUAUACAAGAUCAUACUACAUUCUUUUAGUUGUUUUCUUUUCUUUUUCUUUUUCUCUUUGUUUUAUCUGCAUAUAGUCAAUUGAAAGAUUAGCGCUGUCGUUUUAAUGUUAUCAGUUACUUUCAUUC